AGCGGAUCGAGGUGGUAGCCGCCGUAGUCGGAGAGCGGGGACGCAGGGCGCGCUGUCGGGCGGGGGUGAGGUUCGGGCCGGUUGUGCCGUUGCGAGACUGCAGCUGUAGUCGCUUCGGCUGGUCCAGGUAUAAUCUCUUCCAAGAUGUCAAAAACAAACAAAUCCAAGUCUGGGUCUCGCUCUUCUCGCUCAAGAUCUGCAUCCAGAUCUCGGUCUCGUUCCUUUUCAAAGUCUCGGUCCCGAAGCCGAUCUGUCUCUCGUUCAAGGAAGCGCAGGCUGAGUUCUAGGUCUCGUUCCAGAUCAUAUUCUCCAGCUCAUAACAGAGAAAGGAAUCACCCCAGAGUAUAUCAGAAUCGAGAUUUCCGAGGUCACAACAGAGGCUACAGGAGGCCCUAUUAUUUCCGUGGGCGAAACCGAGGCUUUUAUCCAUGGGGCCAGUAUAACCGAGGUGGCUAUGGAAACUACCGUUCCAAUUGGCAGAACUACCGGCAAGCAUACAGCCCUCGUCGGGGCCGUUCUCGAUCACGUUCCCCAAAGAGAAGGUCCCCUUCGCCACGGUCCAGGAGCCAUUCUCGGAACUCUGAUAAGUCAUCUUCUGACAGGUCAAGACGUUCCUCAUCCUCCCGUUCAUCCUCCAACCACAGCAGAGUUGAGUCAUCUAAGCGCAAGUCUACAAAAGAGAAAAAGUCCUCUUCUAAGGAUAGCCGGCCAUCUCAGGCAGCUGCUGAUAACCAGGGGGAUGAGGCAAAGGAGCAGACGUUCUCUGGAGGCACCUCGCAAGAUAUAAAAGGAUCUGAGAGCUCAAAGCCAUGGCCAGAUGCCACCACCUAUGGCACUGGUUCUGCAUCACGGGCCUCAGUUUCUGAUCUGAGUCCCCGGGAGAGAAGCCCAGCUCUCAAAAGCCCACUCCAGUCUGUGGUGGUUAGGCGGAGGUCACCACGCCCUAGCCCAGUGCCAAAACCUAGUCCUCCACUUUCUAAUGCAUCCCAGAUGGGCUCAUCUAUGUCAGGUGGUGCUGGAUAUCAGUCUGGAACGCACCAAAGUCAAUUCGAUCAUGGAUCUGGGUCUUUGAGUCCAUCCAAAAAGAGCCCUGUGGGUAAGAGUCCACCAGCCACUGGCUCUGCGUAUGGUUCGUCUCAGAAGGAGGAGAGUGCUGCUUCGGGAGGAGCAGUGUACACAAAAAGGUAUCUGGAAGAGCAGAAGACAGAGAACGGGAAAGAUAAGGAGCAGAAACAAACAAAUACUGAUAAAGAGAAGCUAAAAGAGAAAGGGAGUUUCUCUGAUGCUGAUGUAAAGAUGAAAUCUGAUCCAUUUGCUUCCAAAACGGACACUGAGAAGCCCUUCCGAGGCAGCCAGUCACCCAAAAGGUAUAAGCUCCGUGAUGACUUUGAGAAAAAGAUGGCUGACUUCCACAAGGAGGAGAUGGAUGAGCAAGAUAAGGACAAAAGUAAGGGAAGGAAGGAACCUGAGUUUGAUGAUGAGCCUAAAUUCAUGUCUAAAGUCAUCGCCGGUGCAAGCAAAAACCAGGAGGAAGAGAAGUCAGGCAAAUGGGAGAGCCUGGUGCAUAUGGGGAAGGAAAAGCAGAGAAAAGCAGAGGAGCUGGAGGAGGAGCCUUUCACAGAGAGAUCCAGAAAGGAGGAGCGUGGAGGGGCCAAGAGGAGUGAGAGUGGGCACAGGGGCUUUGUGCCAGAAAAGAAUUUUCGGGUGACUGCAUACAAGGUGGUCCAGGAAAAAAGCUCAUCACCUCCCCCCAGGAAGACCUCUGAGAGCCGUGACAAGCUGGGAAACAAAGGAGACUUUUCCUCAGGGAAGUCUUCCUUUUCCAUUACUCGGGAGGCCCAGGUCAAUGUCCGGAUGGACUCCUUCGAUGAGGACCUUGCACGACCCAGUGGCUUACUGGCUCAGGAACGAAAGCUUUGUCGGGAUUUAGUCCAUAGCAACAAAAAGGAACAGGAAUUUCGUUCCAUUUUCCAGCACAUACAGUCGGCCCAGUCUCAGCGCAGCCCAUCAGAACUGUUUGCCCAGCACAUAGUGACGAUUGUUCAUCAUGUUAAAGAGCAUCACUUUGGAUCCUCUGGAAUGACAUUACAUGAACGCUUUACUAAAUACCUAAAGAGAGGAAAUGAACAAGAAGCCGCUAAAAAUAAGAAAAGCCCAGAGAUACACAGGAGGAUAGACAUUUCUCCCAGUACAUUCAGAAAACAUGGUUUGACUCAUGAGGAAUUGAAAAGUCCCCGGGAAGCUGGCUACAAGGCUGAGGGAAAAUACAAAGAUGAUCCUGUUGAUCUUCGCCUUGAUAUUGAACGUCGUAAAAAACAUAAGGAGAGAGAUCUUAAGCGAGGUAAAUCAAGAGAGUCCAUGGAUUCCCGAGACUCUAGCCACUCAAGAGAAAGAUCAACUGAGAAAACAGAGAAAACCCACAAAGGAUCGAAGAAGCAGAAGAAACACCGCAGAGCAAGAGACCGGUCUAGGUCGUCCUCAUCCUCUUCCCAGUCAUCCCACUCCUACAAAGCGGAGGAGUACCCCGAGGAAGCAGAGGAGAGGGAAGAGAGCACCACAGGCUUUGACAAAUCCAGACUGGGGACCAAAGACUUCGUGGGUCCAAACGAAAGAGGCGGCAGAGCUCGGGGAACCUUUCAAUUUCGAGCAAGAGGGAGAGGUUGGGGCAGAGGAAACUAUUCUGGUAACAAUAACAACAACAGCAACAAUGAUUUUCAAAAGAGAACCCGGGAAGAGGAAUGGGAUCCAGAGUAUACACCCAAAAGCAAGAAGUAUUACUUGCAUGAUGACCGGGAAGGUGAGGGCAGUGACAAGUGGAUGAGCCGAGGACGAGGACGAGGAGCCUUCCCCCGGGGUCGGGGCCGGUUCAUGUUCCGGAAGUCCAGUACCAGCCCCAAGUGGGCCCACGACAAGUUCAGUGGAGAGGAAGGAGAGAUUGAAGAUGAUGAGAGUGGGACAGAAAACAGAGAAGAGAAGGACAGUUUACAGCCCACAGCUGAGUAGGGGCCACUCUUGAGCCCUUGCCCAGGAGAGAAAGGCACUGGGAGAGGCUGGUGGAGCUAAACAAGGAGCCUCAAGAAGAUCCUGAAAACCCCACCCCACAACCCACCAGCCACACAGGACCCUAUGACAGCUAUCCCGGUGCUGUCCCGCUGGACAGAGAACUCUGGCACAGAACCUAGGAUCAGGCCCAUGUCUUGAGCAGACCACAACACAAUGGGCUCCGCUGUUUCUCAUUUGUUGGUGUGUGGGGUGGGGGCAGGGUAGGGAGAAUGAUGCUGAUGCUUGGAUUUUUUUUUUUCCCCUUUCCUUUUCUUUUGGUCUCUUCCCCAUUAGAAACCAAGUUUUCUUAAUUUCAUUUCCUUUGGAACUAAGAGGGUGAGCUUGGCUUUCAGUCUCUUCCUACCCCCAUUUA